AUGGAAGAUGCAGAACCAGACCCUGUGUCGGCCGACAACGAGACCGAAGACAACCAGUCUGAGCCACCAUCACUGCGCCUCCUCAGCGCGGCGUGUCAGCGCAGAUUGAGCAGCGAGCAGGUGGUGCCCACCGCCUCCCAGGUGGUCAAGGAGCUGAUUGAAAACAGCAUCGAUGCAGGCGCCACCAACAUUGACGUUCGCCUUGCCAAUGCAGGCCUUGACUUGAUCCGGGUCACCGACAACGGCAAAGGCAUGAGCGAGGCCGAUCUGGCUGUAAUUGCCGAACCGCACUGCACCAGCAAGUUGGCAUCCAUUGAUGAGCUGCAACACCUCGCCACUCUGGGUUUCCGGGGCGAAGCCUUGUCCAGCAUUCGCGAGUGCGCGGCUGAACUUGUCAUCACUUCGGCGCAGCAUGCCAACACGCCCGCCCGCCAACUCACCCUACGCUCAAAGGAACCGCGCCCUCGCCCUACUUUGACAGCCAAUGCGGGCGUGGGCACCAGCAUCGUAGUAACCCGUCUCUUCCAUGCUUUGCCUGUCCGUCGCCAGGCGCAUCAAGCAGCCUCUGCCCGCAAACAAGAGAUGGCUCUGGCACAGCACUACUGCCGUGCAUAUGGCCUUAUCCACCCAGGCCUCCACUUGCAGUUUAGCGCCACAGGCCGCAACGCUGUCACCUGGCGUAAACGAGCGGCCAAGGAUUUUUUGGGUGCUAUUGGUGCUACCUUUGGCGCCGUUCACGUUCACAGCUUACAUGCUUUGAGUGGAAACACUCCAGCCGGUCACUUCGAAGCCUAUGUCCCACGUCGCGAGGCCCCUAUCGAAGCCAUAUCCCGCAGUCAAGGGGACCGGGCAUUUGUCUUUGUCAACGACCGGUACGUUGACGGUCGCCCGUUUCUCUACGCUUUAAACAAGCACUGGUGGAAAGGCUCUGGGCGCCGACGAUGGGCCCACCUCUAUCUGCAGCUUCGAGUCGCUGCACCAACCCUCGACAUCAAUGUUGCCGUUGAUAAGCUGCAAUACUUUAUGGAACAACAAGACGAGCUUUUGCAAGCGUUUGAAACUGCCUGUGCCGCCUAUUAUGCCCUACCCCUGGGUACGACACUACAGGCAGGGCGUUUGGUGUCCUCGCAGCCAGCCGCGGAUUGUCGGAUACCUGAUGAAUCCGCGCAAGCAAAUGCACACGUACAUUCAGAGUCUGAAGACCCAUCUCCAGAGCCAAGUGGCACUACCUCCGCUGAAACCCUCACGGCCCUACCCAGCGCUUCAGACGAACAACCCACGACAAUACCAACAUCAACGCUAGCCCCACAUGGAGACACGUUAUCCUUCGGCCCCGUGCUCCCGCCCGCCUCACCACCAAGCAGUAACAUGCUUCGAGUCGAAGACGCCGCUAGUCAGACAACAAGCACUUCCGCGACCCCAGAGCCUCCGAAUGGGGCUGCCAAGCGACCACGCCGACUGUCGAGCUCAACCAAUUCAUUGGAUGUCACCAAUCAGCCUCUUGAUACGAACACAUGGCAGGGAACUCGGAAGGCGCUCUCGUCGCCCGGUCGGCUUCGCGCGCUCUUUGCACGACAGCAGCGCUCAGCUACCCGCAAGAUAUUGCAUACUGAUCAUUUGCUCCGAUCCAAGCCAAACCAGCCCUGUACACGCUUUGCUAGCCAGACUGAUUCGGCUCGGCGGUACGCUUUUCUCUGGAGCUUCUGUGCAGCCAUUGCUCUUCGCGCCUGUUACGCAAAGGACUGUGCUCAUACAUUUGUGGCCAAUAGUAUCCGUGUCGUGGGACCCCUGCAAAACCGCAAUUUCUGGGUCGUGCAUGACAUCAACGGUCAAGAGCUUCGCAUUCUUGACUAUCAACGGUCACGCGCUGCGCACUUUCACACCAAACUGAUGGCAGCCGCUGAGCUACCGCGUGAAAAGCUGAAAUUACCCCAUAGCGUGCGCCAAGAGGACAUGGAUGCCUCUGCUUGGGCAUGUCUUAAUGCACAACCUACACGUCCAGAACCCGCGUGCGAACUGCCAGGCUUGCGACGUAGCCCUUGUUCUCGAUCGCCGUUGCUGCCAUCACCUCAUGGCCCUCUGACGCAUCCAUCUCAGGCGCGCCGAAUCUGA